AUGGUUAAAGCUAAAGAAGGAUUAAAGCAUUUUCUUUUGAGCUAAUAUGGCAAUGUUCAUGUAUGUUUACAGGGUUUCCGUUUCUCUUUUGCUGCUUUUGGUCCUUUGUGAGAGAAGUGUGGAACAGGCUGCGCGAGGUCCUCUUAGCAAAAUCUGUACAACAACUUGGUACAACACAAGUUUAACGACAAUACCUCCUCUUGCCGAAGAAGACGAGGAUGCCAUCAAAGCUCUGCUUGGGUGUUCUUCUAGGAAAAUAUUACGCCCAAAUUGUUACAUUGGAUUUACAAAUGCCGUUACCUGCAAUUGUUAUCCUGAGAAGCAUAAAAGAUGUCGAGUGGUACAAAUUGAUUUCUCCAAUAGACGAUUAGAAGGUAAGAUCCCCAAGGAGAUUGGAGACCUUCAGUAUUUAGAAGCCCUUUAUUUGAAUGGAAACAAUUUACGUGGAUCAAUUCCUGAACCGAUCAAAAACCUGAAGAAUCUAGUGAAUCUUUCCCUCUGUGAUAACUCAUUGGAAGGACCCAUUCCACCUUUCUUUGGUGAGAUGAAGUCUUUAAAAAGCAUUUGCCACUACAGAGAUCUGUGCAAAAACUUCUUCGACCAAAUAAUUCCUCCAGAAUUGGGUUCUCUCCCAUCUUUGGAACAUUUAGACUUGGGCCAUAAUUUCUUGUCAGGGAAAAUUCCAGACGAGCUGGGAAAUAUUAAGAGCCUCAUUAAAUUGUACCUGGUGGAUAAUCAACUCUCAGGUGUACUCCCAGUCAAGCUUGGAGAUCUUAUGAAUCUAGAGGAGCUGAACUUGCAGAACAAUGAAUUUAUUGGUGCCUUCGAUGUGCGAGGGAACAAGCUCAAUGAAACAAUUCCGGAUAUUUUCGAACAGUGGCAAGAUCUGCGUAUCUUGAAUCUGAUGGGGAAUAGUUUUUCUGCACCUUUGCCUGGCCAAAUCUCAAAGCUGAAGAGUCUAACGGAACUGUAUAUCAGUGACUUAGUUGGAAAAAGCUACUCAUUUCCAGAUUUAUCUGGAAUGAAAUUUUUGAGAAUUUUGACAUUGAGGAAUUGCUCAAUAGCUGACCGCAUCCCUGUUGAGAUAUGGAAUCUUUCUAGCCUAGAGUAUCUGGACUUGAGUUUCAAUAGUCUGUUUGGUGCAAUUCCAGAAGUUGUUAACUCCUCGUUGAAUUAUAUAUUUCUAAGAAGAAAUAAGCUCAAUGACACAAUUCCAUCUUGGAUGAAUGCUAAUUCAUACGUGGAUGUUUCUGAAAACCGUUUCAAAAAUAAAAAUCUUAUUUAUGUUCUUCUUAGUCGCUUUUUUAUUCCGAAUCCAAUUAUUUUGCUCUUUUCCAGGAAUCUGUUUGCUUGUUGCCCCAAUGAAACGGAUGAGGUUGCAAAGCGGGACCAAGUUGAUUUCCAUUUUAAGAAUGGAACUCAGUUCUAUGACCAUUUGUAUAUAAACUGCGGUGGUGAUUCUGUCCCUGUUAAUGGAAAUGACUAUGAAGCUGAUGUACAUCCACGUGGUGAAUCAACUUUCUUCAUGAGUAAGAGGUCAAAUUGGGGCUAUAGUAGUAUGGGAAGCUUCUUAUGGGCAAAUCGUAAUAAGUACACUCUAAAUGAGACCUGCGAAAUUCAUGCUGGUGAUGCCCAAUUGUAUCGAACAGCACGUUUAUCCCCAAUCUCCUUGAAAUAUUAUGGAUUUUGUUUGAGAAAUGGUGAGUACAAAGUGAAUCUUCACUUUGCUGAAAUAUCAAGUAGCAGCACUAAAGAUUCACACAGCAAAGCAUGGCGACUCUUUGAUGUAGAUAUCCAGGAAGAAAAUGUGCUGAGAAACUUCAACAUAGAAAGAGAAGCGAAAGGUGUGAAUAAGGCUAUAACAAUGGAAUAUCCCACUUCUGUGAAUGACGGUAGACUGGAGAUUCACUUAUACUGGUCUGGAAAAGGGUCAGUCUUAUGCCCAUCAGGGUACUAUGGCCCCCUUAUAUCUGCAAUUACAGUAACUCCAGUUCAAUCAGAACUGUCCAAAGGAUUGCUUGUUGGAAUUUCAGGAUUUGCACUACUUCUUCUAAUAUUGUCCAUAGGUUUUUCCUGGAGAUUCCAAGACAAAUUACGUCGGGAAGAGCUAGAACAUGUUGAAUUGUACCCUGGAGGGCGUUACAACUUUCGGAAAAUUAAAGCUGCCACAAAGAAUUUUGGUGAUGAGAACCGGUUUGGUGAGGGAGGUUUUGGGACUGUCUAUAAGGGCACUCUUGCGAAUGGGACUGACAUCGCAGUUAAAAAGCUUUCGGCAACAAAAGAAGAAAUGCUCGAGUUUGUGGAAAAGAGUCAUACAAUUGCUGGCAUGAAACAUCCAAAUCUUGCAACACUAAUGGGAUGCUGUGCAGGAGACAAUGAGCUUCUGCUCAUCUAUGAGUACAUUGGAACUAACUCUGUUGAAGAUGCAUUAUUUGAUUCAGACGAACUUAGAGAAAGACUAGAUUGGCCAACAAGGUAUAGAAUUUGUCUUGGCCUAGCAGAAGGUUUAGCUUUCCUUCACGAGGGGUCCAAACAGGAAAUUAUACACGGGGAUAUUAAACCAGCAAACAUUAUUCUUGAUGAUGAUCUAAAUCCGAAGAUAUAUGACUUUGGAUUUGCAAAGCUUCAUCACAAGCAAAAGUUGGAAGGAACACUGUCAUACACAGCGCCUGAAGUUAAAGAUCACCCCUUAGAAGCUAGCGCAGAUGUGUAUAGCUUUGGAGUUGUCACACUUAUACUUAUCAGUGGAAGGAAAGUCACAACCCCAAGGGCAGGUGGUGAUACUGAAUACCUCGUGGAGGAGGCACAAGUAAAGGAUCAGAGGGGAACUCUAAUGGAGCUAGUUGAUAAUCAGCUUCUGGAAUAUGACUGGGAAGAAGCAGAUAUCAUUCUAAGAUUAGCAAUGAAAUGCAUAAGUUCACGCCCAUUCAGACCGACAAUGUCUACAGUCGUGAAGAUUCUAAAGAAAGAAUGCUCAAUCGAGACCAUUAAGCCAAAGCUGGGUGAUUCUCCAUAUAGAAAAGCCAAAUCAUGUUUGCUUUUCUGAAAAAACUCUACCCAGAUAGAGAAGUAAAGGAGUAUCAUAUUUGCUUUAACAGUGUGCUUGACCAAGCGCGGGGCUAGAAAUGGACUUAAGCAUUACGCGUUCGGCUGAACCUAGUAGGUCUGUCCUAAAUCUUGUAUUUGUGUUGUAAAUUUCACUAAAUAUGUGCAAAUUUUAAAUUCGGAGUCCAGUUAUUCGCACUUGAAGUUGUUAUUGUGAAAUUCAGAACCCAUAAAAUUCAAAUCCUGGAUCUAUCUGUGACUAGUGUGCUAGUACUCACCUGGAUUUGAUAUAUAAGGGCUUGCUAGGUUAUGUAAAAUUUAUGGUUGUGGUGCCUUGUUGAAUUAGAACCUUGUUGUAUCUAUUAAAGAUGAUAAGAUAUAAUGAGAAUAAAUGUUUUGCUGAA